AUCAUCAAAACAAGCCCUCUCACUUGCUCUCUCUAGCCCGUCUCCCAUUCUCACACGAUCAUCUUAAUCCUUUUCUGCCUCAUACUAAAAAAUGGCCUCUAUCGCCUCCCUUGCUCCGGUUAUCAGCACCUCUUUCAUCGUCUUCGGCCAGCCAGCCACGGUCGUUUGCUCUUUUCGCAAGGUAGGUCAGGCUUGGUUUGGUCUUAAACCCCAGAGAGGAGUACAUCUUUGCAAGUCUACACACAAAGUCACGGUUAUCACUUCAGACGGCCCCCAUGAAUUUCAGUGCCCGGACGACAAGGCCAUUCACAGCGAAGCAGGGAAGAAUAAAAUUUUCCUGGGAGGUGGUUGCUUGAAAGGUAACUGCUAUGGCUGUGCCGGACAGAUUACUAACGGUGGCGAAGUGCACCAGCCUAAAGCCGUGAAACUUAAUGAUGAGCAGAAGGAUAAGCAUUGGGUUCUGACCUGUGUGGCUUACCCUCGGAGUGAUGUUGUCAUUGAUACCACAAAGCAGGUCCCUGUUUAAAGCAAGGAAGACCAUGUUCAUCUGAUGUUCGUAAUUCUAUAUCGUUUUGCCUUUGUCGGUUGGGUUAGUUUGGUAAAGAGAUUAAUGUUGUAUUUCUGAAUUACUUAUUUUCAAGGUUGUCCCAUUUGUUGUCACAAAUGAAAUUGUAGCAGCUUU